AUGAUGGUGCGUAGCGGGAGUGUUGUGGUGGCAUUGUUGGCCGACGAUUCCGAUGCGGGUGCGGUCGAGUUUGUCGUUGCCGUGGCUGCGGGAGCGGAUGAGGUUGUGGACGUUACGGGGAUCGCGGUUAUCACAGGAACGUACCAGACGCUACCGCUCAAUGACGCCGAAGCGGUCAGACUUGAAGGAAGCGACUGUCCUCUCGAGAGGGUCGUGGUGAUGGUCGAUACCACCGUUGUCGAAGUGACAACUGGAGACGCCGAGGUUGACGUUUGUGUAGCCGAUGAAGGGCUACCGGAGGCAGAGAUCUGUGCCGAUUGCUGCUGCGCAUAG